ACGGGGGAGGGUCCAAAAUUAGGCAAGGCACGGAAGAUUUGAGUGAGAUUUGAAACAUCAAACGCUGAUCCACCGUAUAUCUCGAAGCAUACUCCGUAUACUCCCAUCCCCUCGCUCAUCUCCUCAUGUGUGUAAGUGUGUCGUACGUAGUACAGUAAGGAAGAGAUAAAAAGAAUACAUUUUGCAGCCGUCAAAUUCUUCGCUGCUGCUCUUCAGCCAGCCCCCAUCAACGUCAGGGUUCAAUUUGUCGACCAAAAGACAUGGAAAUUGAUCAAGCAAUCAAAGAAUGCGAUGAUCGAAGGCUGAAGACCAAGUAUAACAAUUCUAUUUAUGUGAUUAAAAGAGCUCUUGCACUAUAUUCUGUAGAAGAAGUUGCAUUGAGCUUCAAUGGAGGGAAGGAUUCUACUGUUUUGUUUCACCUACUCAGGGCGGGCUAUUACUUGCAUGAAAGUGAGAAGUGUCACUCUAAUGGGGACAUUGGUUAUGGUGAAGUGCAAUUUCCAUUACGGACAAUAUAUUUUGAGAGCUCAUCCGCCUUUCCAGAAAUAAACUCAUUUACCUAUGAAAUUGCUGAAAUUUACAAUUUGCGAAUGGAUAUUAUUCGACUUGACUUCAAAUCUGGUUUGGAGUCUCUGCUCAAAGCUAACCCAAUUAAAGCUAUUUUUCUCGGUGUUCGAAUUGGUGAUCCUACUGCGGUAGGUCAAGAGCAAUUCUCUCCUAGCUCACCUGGCUGGCCAUCCUUCAUGAGGGUGAACCCAAUUUUGGAUUGGUCAUAUAGAGAUGUAUGGGCGUUCCUUUUGACUUGCAAAGUUCAAUAUUGCAGCCUUUAUGACCAAGGUUAUACUUCUAUUGGGAGCAUCCAUGACACUGUACCCAACGAAUUGCUCUGUGUCAACCAUUCUGAAAAUAAUGGAGAAAAUUUCAGACCUGCGUAUCAACUCCAAGAUGGAAGGUUGGAAAGAGCUGGACGAGUGAAGAAGUAUUCUUCUCCAGUAUCUACAAAGUUCCCCUCCCUUAGCAAUGGUUUGGAAAGUGAAGAUCUGCGCAAGAAAGUCAUGCUAACCUCCUCAGUAAUUGCUGUUGGUGAUGAGAUUCUAUUUGGCACUGUUCAGGACAAGUUGGGCUCGUCACUAUGCAGAAAGCUCCAUUCAAUUGGUUGGACUGUCUCUCAUCUUUCUGUAACUCGAAAUGAUGUAGAUUCUGUUGCUGAGGAAGUAGAGAGGCGAAAUUCUACAAAUGACAUGGUGUUUAUCUAUGGAGGGGUUGGGCCUUUGCCUUCAGAUGUUACUGUAGCAGGAGUUGCAAAAGCUUUUGGUGUCCGUUUGGCUCCUGAUGAAGAAUUUGAAGAAUAUCUGAGGCAAAUGAUUGGUGAAAAAUGCACUGGGGAUAAGAAUGAGAUGGCACAAUUGCCUGAGGGUAUUACAGAAUUGCUGCAUCAUGAAGAUCUGGAGGUGCCUUUGAUCAAGUGCCAUAAUGUGAUCAUUCUUACUGCAUCGAAUGUUGCUGAACUAGAGAAGCAAUGGGAUUGUUUAAUUAAAUUGACAAAAUCUCAAGGACUUCUUCCAUCAGCUGAACCAUUUUUUGCAAAGUGCUUCAAAACAAAUCUUUUCGACAUGGAAGUUGCUCAACCUCUAUCAAAGCUGUGUCUUCAAUUCCCAGACAUUUAUAUUGGUGGCUAUCGAGAAUCAAGACAAGGCCACCUUGUGAUUAGAUUUGAAGGAAAGGAUCGAAUGCGGAUAGAAGCUGCUGCCCAAGAAUUGUGCCAGAAUUUCCGAGCAGGUGCAUUCUCCAGCAUACACUGAGUCAGGGGUUUUAAAACCAGGUCUCUGAGUCUCUCCUGUCAACCGUCUCACAGCUUUUUGAAAUCAAGGGGAGAAACGUUUUGGAAAGCUACUAUUAGUGUUUUGGGGAUAUGAAGGAGAAGGGGAUAGGGCAAAAUAGAGAAAACAUUACAAUUCCGUCAUGAAGAUUAGUAUUAUACUACAGAUGUAACUUCGUUGCAAACUGAAAGAGGUCAAAAAUAUUGUUUCCCGGCAAGAACCACUUACCGCUGAUAGAAUAACCUAAAAUGAAUGUAUGUGGAACUGGUUGUAAACAAAUCGAACCGAAUACAUGACAAUAUUAUUUGUAUUCGUAUAGUUAUCGGAUAUUCGUAU